AUGAACAACCAAAACCUGAUGCGGGAGGUGAAACUGUGGGAGAACAACGCGGAGCGGGAGCAAGUCGAAAAUAUGGGCGAAUUGUUUGCGGUGUUGAACGCGUUGGAGUGCCUCGAGAAGAUGUUCGUCAAGGAUUUUGUGACGGCCGAUGAGUACAAGACCGAAUGCUUCAAGUUGUUGGACCAGUACAAGGUGGCAAUGCGGCUUGUGCAUGGCACCGACGUCGAAGCUUUCGUCUCAAAGUACCGCCUACAGGUCCCGGCAGCGCUAGAACGAAUUCGCGAAGGCAGGCCGGUGGUGGUGAAAGACGACAAGGGAAAUUUGGUGAAAAAUGUGGCGGGUAUCGUCGAGAUUUUCAUCACCGUAUUCGAUCAUUUGAAGUUGGAGCAACGGGCAGUUGACGAGCUUUUCCCUUCUCUAAAUGACCUUUAUACGAUGAUUUGUGCUGUCAGUCGUUUGCCUGAGAAUUUCGAUGCAAAGGUGAAGGUCAAGAAAUGGCAUGACAAGCUGUCGGUGAUGAGCGCUGCCGACCAAUUGAGUGAGGACGAAGCCCGACAAAUGCUAUUCGAACUCGAGGGCGCCUAUAAUAGCUUCAUCAACUUCUUGCACGAUGCGGCUCUCGGCUUCCAUAUCGUAGUUACGCUCAUUGUUGUCUGCAUCUUGUCAAAAUGUUCGUCACGGGUCUCGUUCGUCAAAUGGUACAUCAUUCGGGGGUUAUAUCGAUAUCUGGCGCCUAGCAAUGAUCAGCUUCGGGCGUUGAUGCCGGCGCCAAAGGAUGGUAACCCUCGACAACGACGUAAAAGACGCGAGGAGCAGGAUAGCGAAGGGUUCAACGUGCCGAAGCAGCUGCUGGCCACAAGCCUUCAAGUACGGGCGGCCCCGGUGGACGAACUCGAGCUGACGAAUUUUGAAUUUUACACAAGCAUCUACUGGAUGUCCCUAUAUACACCUCUCGCUGUCUUUGUCUACACCCUGAGCGAGGUCUGGAAAUUCGUCUUCCCCACUAGCCAAGAUACCAACGUCUCGGUUUUGUGGCUGAUUAUCGGCGUAGCGUUCAUCCUACAGAUCCUCACGAAGCUGACUGCUUUCUAUUGGGCAUCGGCCGACGAGCGUGGGCUUCUCCUUUCUUUCGGGGCUCUCUACUUCCUCAGUUCGAUUGUGGUUUCCCUUUGGGCCGAUCGGCUGCUCGACAUCAAUUUACUAGGCGCUUACGACCAUUUCACGUCACAAGUGGCCGCAGUCAUCAAGGAGACUGGAACCUUCUCGGAUAUCGAUGCCCGAGCUAAGAGCCCGUUGAUGCUGUAUAUUUCGUUAUCGGUUUUCUUUUCAUUCCUCUCUACUAUGCUCGUCUUUCCCAAUUUCCGAUUUGCAACGUUGUACACGCGUUCGUUGAAUGUGGCCACCCCGACGCUCAAGAUUCUACUACACAUUUCUUUUCUAAUGCCAGCGCUAUGCCUUCUACUAUUCCUGAAGCCGGUCAAAUACUACUUGAUUGAGGGGCCACGAAAAUUGUUGACCGAGCCUCAGCUGGAGAUCCUUCGCGUUUACCUCGUCCUGGGAUAUUUGUUAUUCAGAAUGGCAUUGAGGCGGGUCCACCUGCAAUCUCAUCUCGAUCUCAGCUACGACAAACUGCUGCAACUUCAAAAGGAGACCGGCCACGUCAAGAACUACCAUCUGCAGACCAUGAUCUUCCGUUAUUAUUCAUACUUCUGCGCGGCGGUCGUCCAGUAUUUCGUGCCGGUGCUGCUCUCCUUCUUCUUUGCUUUACUGCUGAAAUCUACAGCCGAUCUCUCAUGGCUCGGGCACGCUGCCGACGUCGUUGAACCGAAAGCGGAGGAAAUCAAGGGCAGUCCACAGUUGGCCUUGCGCGUCCUGUUCGAUGCGACGGUUUGCAAGGCGGUCUGGUCGUUCGCCCUCGUCGUCACCACCGGGAUCAACUUCUCGCUGUCGCUGAUCGGGGUAUGUGGCCUGGGCCACAUUGCCGAGGCGAGCUCCCGACCGGCUUUUCUUUUCUGGCUGAUCGUCUUCAUCGUGCUCCUUAUAUUCUUCAUCUACGAGUUCGCCAUCAUCCUCAUCAAGUACCUCCAAAAGCCGGCCCGUAUCGACACGGAAAUCUACUACAGCGCGCUGCCAUUUCCGGUGGUUACGGUGUGCAACACAAAUCCGUACAAAUACACCGUCAUUCAGGGUGAUUCUAAAUACCAAGAAGUUGCCGAUUUUAUGGCACACUACCUAAAGGUGAUGAACCAGGACACGACCGGUCUGCCCGACACCUAUGGUCUUCUGGCUCUACAAUAUCGCUACGACCGCGAAGAAUUGGCGCGAGAUAUCUUGGCUUCAUUUGGCAGAUCGAUGGGCAACACUUUGACCGGGGCCAUGUACGCCUUCGAGGAGUUGAUCACCGAAUGUACCUUCUCGUCUAGGACAUGCUAUAAAGACGAUUUUGUCGAAUUCGUGGACCCAUUGUACGGGCGCUGCUUCUCGUUCAACACUCCGGCGGCCACGCAAAAUUACACGGUGCAGCGACCUGGGAUGAAAUACGGGCUGAAGCUACUGCUUACUGUCAAUCAACAAAAACCCGGCGGGACGCAGCUGUUGCCCGACUUCUUGCCCACCUCGGAUGUGGCUGGGGCGCGGGUGGCGCUGACGGAUAGGGACUCGAUCAUCGACCUCGACUCGUACGGCUUCAGCGCCGGAGUCGGCUACCAGACUUCGAUCGGAAUGUUCUAUGAAUCCAUACACCGAGCCGAACGACCCUACGGCCACUGCAUCGACCACCACGCCUAUUCUGAGGCGUAUUUCGGCGAUGUCAAGCACAGCAUGGACACGUGUAUCGCGGGCUGCAUCCAAGAGGAUAACGUGGCGCAAUGUGGAUGUGCAAGCCCGCGACUUCCAAAACUCGACGCACAAAGUUAUUGCGGGCUCGACAAGGCUACGUGCCUAGCCGCCCUAAAGGGAAACCAGGAGAACAAAGAUGCUCCAAACAUGGACCCGUUGACAAAAUGUGGCUGCGACCCGGCGUGCGAGGAGACGAAAUACUCCACUACAGCGUCGCUGAGUCGAUACCCCAUGUUGAUCUACUACCCAGCGACCCCGGACUCGCCUAGCCAAUCCCCGUCUCAAACGACGACCAAGAAGCCGAAAACUAAGACCACAAAGAAGACGACAACAGCCGCCGGGUGGACGUGGCCUUCUUGGUGGUCCUCGACACCUUCCUCUACAACAAACUCUGGGGCUACUGCAACCACCGCGUUCACUGAUGCUACAACCGAACAAUCGACGACUACUGUUGAAGAAGAGACAAAACCACCAGGGUUCAUAGUUACAACAUUUGGCUGCGACGGGCACACAGAUCCAUUUAACGCCCAGUCGACGAACACUACAGUGAUUCGCUUGAUGCAAGAAGCUUGUCGGGAAUGGUAUCAAAAUAACGCUCUAAUUCUCCAGAUCUACUUUGCCGAUCUGAUCUAUAAUGUCUACACGGAAAGUGCGGCUUACUCGGUUUCUGCAGCGAUCAACGACCUUGGCGGACAAGCGGGACUUUGGCUCGGCCUGUCCGUCAUCUCUUGUAUAGAGGUUGCGUCGUUCUUUCUAAUGCUCUGCAUGUUUGCUGGCUGGAAAACCAGAAAGACCGUUUUCCCGAAGAAACGCCGUGAUUCUCUUUCUGACGAGGAGAUGGAUGGCUUCGAAAAAGCUCCACCGCUGCCCAGCAAGGUUCCCCAACGGCCGCUGCCCGUCGAACUCGACCCGAGAACCUUG